CAGCUAAUAUAUUAAACGCGGACGUUUCUGGCAACAAGUUCUCUUCCCCAGGUUCAGUUCUUCAAUUUCUUGGAUAGAAACAAAACACAGAAGAACUUUUCAAACAAAACCCUACUUCGAUGAGAAACCCCAAUUCCUACACUUACAGAACCCACAAUGGAAUCCAAUUUGAAGACAGUGAUUCUGAUGAAAACGAAGAGAAGAACCCAGAUCAGAGCUACACCCAAAACGGGAAUUUUUACAAUUAUGAGGAUUCCAAGAGGCACCCUAAGAAGAGAAAGCUUGAGUCUUGCGUUUCCAAUUAUGAAUUCGCUCCUCGGAGGGAUAUUUGGAAUGAAGAGGAGAGCUUUGCGCUAUUGGAAGCGUGGGGAGAGAGAUACAUGGAGUUGGGUUGGAGGAGUUUGAGGGCAGAGGACUGGGCUGAAGUGACUGAGAAAGUGUUGGAGAUGAGUGGAGUUGAGCGGACGGAGGUUGAGUGCAGAAACCAAUUGGACGUGCUGAAGAACAAGUACAAGAAAGAAAGGGCCAAAGUGGAAAGUGGGCAUGGGAGCAAGUGGGUGUAUUUCAAGAAAAUGGAUGCCUUGUUGAACACAAGCACAAGAGGCCAUUGUGGGUUGGGCUGUGGGGUUGAUUCGGGGGAGUAUGUGUUUAUGAACCCACGAGUGUACUUGGACAAAUCUAAUGUGUUAGAUGAAAUGAGGGAUAGUCCGGGGCAAUCUGAUGAGGAUAAUGAGGAUGAUCAGGAUGAGGAUUUGGGAGCCCACAAGGAGGAUGAUGGGGAGUCUGCUAGAUUGUUGGCAGAUUCCAUUCAGAGGUUUGGAGAUAUAUAUGAGAAGAUUGAGGAGAGUAAGAGGAAGCAAAUGCUGGAGUUGGAGGCAAUGAGACAGGAUUUUCAGAGAGAGUUGGAGUUGCAGAAGAAGCAGAUAUUCGAGCGUGCACAGGCUGAGAUUGCUAGAAUAAGGGAAAUGGAUGAUGAGGAGGAUGAUAACACUGAUACUUCUGUGGAGAAUCUUGGAGAUUGAUGCAAGAAUUUGGCUCAAUGAUUCAUAUGAGGUAUUCUGUCUACAGAGAACUGUGACUUUUCUCACUUGUUGCUCGAGAUUUUGGAGGAGAAGAUGACAAGUAAAUAUUGCUUGCAAUUGUAUGAAAGUACUUUCCUUGCACUGACCAUGAUCAGGGCCAGACUCUAAUGCAGGCGACAUCAAUAUAAAUGGUAGUAGAUGGUGGGUGAUGUUGGCAUUUGCCUGCCAACUUAUCAGGUGCAUCGUUCCUUUGUGCCAAUAUGUGCGUUUAUGUUUCGUUACUGAAACUUUUUGUUGCCCUUCUGCAUAAUCCCCUGGCGGACCUUUUUGUUGCAAAUUUGUAUCAAUAAUUCCAGGGGUUUUUUACUUUGAAUCUAGCAAACCACUGAAAGUGCAUGGUCAGAGUUGGAAAAGUGGCACAAACACGUUGGUUUGGUUCUAUGCUCUCAGUCUAAUUAUUUUUUUGACCAUAAGCUUUUGUGUGACGUGGAAUGUCUGAGAACUGAUUCAUUGUGCUUCUGCUAGUUAGUAAGUUAUGUUCCAUACUUGGCUUCCGCACAGGUAAUUUACAUUAUAUUUGUAAUGUAAUUAUUUUCAAACCUUCAAACUUUGGAAGAUUUGGGAACACUUUGGAGGUGAAACUAUGAGGAAUGCAACUCUAUCUGAUUUCAUUUC